CCACUGACUUACGUGUAAUAUUAUACUGUUGUCAAUUAAACGUCAUAACAAACCUUUAAACUCAAUUUUUGUACAAAUCAAGCCUAUUUUAAAGCUUUGUUACAUAAAUUCAGCCAUUUCAAGUUGUUCUCAGUAACAUAACCUCAACUUCCUUUUAUUUACAUCCACGAAAACUUGUAAAAUUUAAAUGAAUGCGCGCUCUAAAUGAGAUAAACUCGCAUUUAAAUGGUCAGUUAUACACGUUGUUAUCAAAUAUGAAUAACCAGAGUGUUUGUGUGGCCGGUGUUCAUAGACUUUCACAAUCGGGUGGUAAAAGUGAGCUCGGCAACGCUCCCCAGUCUUGGAUACUGAAGUCUUAUCGACCUCGUGGUUCGUUGGCUAGGGCUCUGUACGAGAAGCAAAUGUCGGACAACUACUUGGAUGCGUUCGAUAAGUCUUUGUGGUACCAAUGCGAUCUUCGCCAGCUUCCACAGGAUAUCGCCGAAUCCUUCGUACAAAUGCAUCCCGAUAGCGAUACGCUUAGUUUCUUGCAAAAGGCCGAGGACAAGUCGGAUUGGAUACUUACCCAAAUUUGGCACUCACUGGCGAAAGCUUUUUUGGGGUGGUUUAUGACGCAAACUUCGAUUAAUGGGGCCCAAAAUCCAAGGAUCAAAAAACUGUUACAUAGGUUUUUACAAGUUUAAAAAUAAAAUGCUUAC